UAACCGAACAGUAUAUGGGUAACCAGCCCUUCAGCCUCUGUGUCUGUGGGUCAGCUUCUGACAUCAGGGAGGACUUUAGGACUUCGGAGACCCUCCUUGGAAAGGAGACGUUGUAAAGGCCACGUGUUUUGUUGGUGCUUUGCUUUUUUGUUUAAAGUGCUUGGAUCCUGCUCCAAAAAAAACGUUGUUGUUGUUGUUGUUGUUGUUUUUGUGGUUUUUCAAGACAGGGUUUCUCUGUAUAGCCCUGGCUGUCCUGGAACUCACUUUGUAGACCAGGCUGGCUUUGAACUCAGAAAUCCACCUGUCUCUGCCUCCCAAGUGCUGGGACUAAAUGUGUGCGCCACCACUGCCUGGCACUGCUGCCCUUUCUAACAACAGAAAUUUCAUUUUGACAGAUUCCAUCCUUGAUGAUUUCUGUUCUUAGAUGGCACAAAGUUCAUUUUUUUUCUGUCAGACUAUAGAAGCUUAAAGCCUGCCCACAGCCAGAAUUGAAGAAAUGGCUUCUUUGUUGUUAUUUUUUUUUUCAUGCUGAGAUUUGAUUAUACCCAGUUACUUUGAGUUUAUACUUUACAAAGUGACCCAACUCAACUCUGUGAUUCCCUCAGCUCUCGGCUCUCAACUGUGUGUCACCCAGGCUUUGUAGGCACUCAUUAGCAACAUGCCAAGAGGUGGGUUGUAAAAAAUGUCUUGAUACCAUUUUAUAGGCACUGGAAUAUAAGGUCCGUGACACAAGAGCCAACUCGUCUCUGCCCUAAAACGUAGGUGUGGUUUAUGAGUGUGAAGAAUGCUAAUUAGAACAUGGAGAUUCCCGGAGGAGGUGACCUGAUUGGCGGUCUUUCAUUUCCACCAAGACCAUGGUUUUGUUUCUGCCCAUUGUGCACUAGGAAACCCUUAGAGUGUCUUCACAAAUGCCUUUAGUACAAAGAUAAAUAAAUCUAGAAGGAGUCUGGCUUUCCCUCUCUUCCGAUGGGGACUGUGUCCCCGGGCCCCAGCGGAGGGUGAGGUGCACGCAUACCCUUUCCGGUUUGCUAUGUGGGAGCUUGGAGGUGUGACUGUGAAGAUGUUUGUGUGUCACUCAGGAUGGGGGUGUUGGCUACUCUGGACAGAGUCUAGAAUUAGUCUUUUUCAGGUUCUGUGGCCAAAAGGGACACCCACAAUAGCUACCAAGCCUGUCAGCUAGAGAGCUGUAGGUUAGAACUGAAGGGGGCUGCUUUUGUGCCUUAAGGACCCAUGUGCAAGAGUCACAGACUGGCCCGGUGUGGCGGGGCCAACAGCCUGCCUUCCUGCCUGCCCAGGACAGGCGGUCAAGUCCGAAGAAUCUGGGAUCCUUUGUCACUUUUGGUUUUUUGUAUGGUAUUGCUGUUGGUUCGUUUUCUCUCUCUCUCUCUCUCUCUCUCUCUCUCUCUCUCUCUCUCUUUCUCUCUCUCUCUCUCUUCUCUUUCUCUCUCUUUCUCACACACACCAUCCCUCCCUGCCCCUCACCACUGUAUAGAGUUGGGGGAGAAUCUUUCUGCUGCCAAAUUGUAAUGAAGCUAAGAAAAUUUACUCCUAACAGGAGGAGGUCUGCAGCCUGCUCUGGGCUUGAUAGCCAUUUUAGACCUUCAUAGUUCCCAGAAGGCAGGUGGGUGGUAUUUAGAUGGUGAUGUGACCCUUCAGCCUCCUCCUCUUGAUAUAGAAGGGUGUAGCAGUAGUGGCCCCAGACUUCCUGAAGAGCAUGGGAGACUUCUGGAUUGACCUCAAACCUGCAGGACCUCAUCUGCGUCUCUCCCCUAGGGCAUCCCUAGCCUGUGAUCUCUCCCAGCUUGGUAUUUUAGCAAAGGAGAUCUCCUCAGAAAAGUCUCUCAUUAACAUUCCACAGAAAAACCCUGAGGAUAUUCUGAAGGAAUUAAGAAGGGGGCAGACUGGUGAGUGUUAGGGUAGCCUUCCUGCUGUGAGAACUUCUCUGCAGUUCCAGGAGCUGAGGUGAAGGCAGGGCCACUGCCCAGAGCAGCAGCCAAGUAUGCCUCUCGCACCACGCCUGGCUAUCAUGCCUCCUUAAUCUGUCAUAGGUUUGGUAUGGUGAGGGCCUAGGUUGGAGGAGAGAAGCAUUAUGGAUUCCAGGACAUUUCUACUCAAGUUUUAAGAAUAUAAUACUGUUUUCAACAACGUGUCUUCUCACCAAAGGCCAGAACUUAGGUCUCAUUUCUCAAGGCUCGGGUCUUCUAGAGAAAGACAAUAGAGACUGUUUAGGAAGGCUGGUGAUCUUGGGGAAGAGUGAGGGAGAGACGUCCAUUGUGUGGGGGAGGCUGAAGGCCAGGCCCCAUCAGGGAGAGACCAAGAUAUAUCUAGUGGACUGUAGUCAUAUGCUACAAGAUAGACUAUUUGGCAAGAGGAAAAGGCAAAGAGGGAGAGAUGGUCAGAUAGGCCUCACAGGAUUUUGAUGGUAAAAGGUCCUGAAGACCUGCCAUUUGUCCCAGAGCUUCAAGGCACACUUGGAGAUGAUAUCUUUAAGGCCUUGGAAAGGUGCCCGUCCUUUGCAUGCUAAAGCACCCAUUGGGGAAGUGGGGUGUCUCCCUCUUAUUCGUGAUCACGAUCUCUCUCAACCCCCGCCCCCCACUUUCCUGAAAUUAAAUAAGUAACUUAAAUAGUUGCUCUUUAACUUCAGUAACAACCUUAACAAUUCAAGGUGCCAUUUUGUUUGUUUGUUUGUUUGUUUGUUUUUUCAGACUGUGGUCUCUCUAUUGUGAGUGCAUAUGUGUGAAUAUAGGCACUCAUAUGGGUGUGCAUUACUGUGUAAAUAUGGAUGUCAGAAGAGGACACUGGAUCCCAGGAAUGUAGGGCUACAGGCAUUUGUGAGCCAAACUCUGGUCCCCAUUGUUUGUUUAGCAAGUGCUCUCAACCACUGAGCCAUCUCUGACACCCCAAUGAUACUACUUUCAAAGUCUUGCACAAACUUCUUCAUUUUGACAACAUCCUGGAUGGGCUCUAAUGGCACAUGGAGCAAGAACACUGGGCAGACAGCAGUGUGUGCUGCCAGUUAGAAUGGCACGGUUCAUGAACUAGCACACUGCACCCUGGAGACGGACUGCAGGACCUGAUGCUGCUCGUCUGCCCUUCCUGGCUUUCUGAUGCUUUGUUUUUGUUGUGUUGUAAUCUAGAGGGUCUGUCUGUCUGUCUUUCUCUUUUCUUUCUUUCUUUUUCUCCUCCCUCUUUCUUUUCCUUCCUCCCCCCCCCUUCUUUCUUCCUUUUUUUUUUCUCUGUGUACUGCUGACUGUCCUUGAACUGCUCUCUAGACCAGUAUGUAAACUCAGAGAUCUGCCUGCCUUUGCCGCCCAAGUGCUAGGAUUAAUGUUACAUGCUACCACCCAUAGCUUUAGAGUGUUUUUUUUCUUUUGUGGUUUCUUUUAAACAUUCUGACAAUAAUAUAUUAAGUUCCUCUGAUGGUUUUUUAGACAUCUUUUAUUACAUACUUUUGUUUCCUUACUUUUGGUGUUUGUUUGGCUUUUUUUUUUUUUUUUAUGUAUUGCUUUAAAAGGGGGCGGGGUCUUACUGUGUAGGCUAGACUGGUUUUGCACUUAGAAUCAUCCAUUUGUCUCUGCCUCCCAGGUACUAGGAUUAAAGGUAUGCACUAUCACUAUAGUUUGUAAGUGUCAGUGUCGUGUGUGUGUGUGUGUGUGUGUGUGUGUGUGUGUGUGUGUGCGCGCGCACCUGAGGUAGGUAUCUUCCCUCAGACAAGGUCUCUCAUUGAACCUGGAGACUGCUCAUUAUCCUAUGAGGCUGGUCUCCAAGGAGCCCCAGAGGUCCUCGAGGCUUGCAUUCGACACCCCAGCUCCAGCCUAGGCUUACAGCAGAUGCAGGCUCACCCGAACUAGAGAUCCUAGGCAGGUGCUCAUGAUGCGCAGCCAGCUCUCUUACCACUGUGCAUCUCCACAGCCCUACAGGUUUCCUUUCCAUCCCUUGUUUUUCUUUUCCAGCAAAGCCUUCUGCAGAUGUUCAGGUUGAUAGACAGUGACAUUGUCCAAGUCCCUCUCUGCAAGCUUGUCUCUUUUUUGUGUCCCUCUGCAUGACUCUGGGGACAAGAAAGGUACAUCCCUAAAGUGCCAUGGUACAUGGUGUUCACUGUCACCAAAGUGAAAGAUUCAGUGAUGCCCUAAGCCUUGGUGCUGCCCCAGUGACUUAGUGUAAUUGUGAAUUGUGGCAUUAUGUUCCAUGUGAGCAUCUUUCUUUUUUUUUUUUUUUUUUUUGGUUCUUCCAGACAGGGUUUUUCUGUAUAGCCCUGGCUGUCCUGGAGCUCACUUUGUAGACCAGGCUGGCCUUGAACUCAGAAAUCCGCCUGCCUCUGCCUCCCAAGUGCUGGGAUUAAAGGUGUGCGCCACCAUGCCCGGCCCAUCUUUCAUUCUAUAACUGGAUGUCACCUUGGGAUAUGCCAGUAAGUCAACAUUGAAAUGACACAGGUGACAUGGAUGAGUCUUGAGACACUAGCAUGUUGAUUUACCUCUGCUGUCUAUCAAGUGGGCCUCCCCAGGUUUGAUAGCUCCACUUUCCAGUCACACCAGGGCUGUUUGACAAACCCUUCUGCACAUGUGGGUGUGUGGGUUGGUAGUUCCUACUCAAAUAUUGAGAUUUCUGCACUGGAUGGACAUUCUGGAACCUUCCAUGGCCAGGGAGGAAAUGUGGAUGGGUGGCAGACCUGCCCACAGCAAUUGUAAAGCAGAAAGAUUCAACAUUGGAGAUUAAUGUUGCAAUUGCACUUUCUGGAAUUACACAUCACUUGUUCAGUCCAAACGGCUAGGGUCUUCUUUUAAUGAAUCUAAGAUUCCAUAAGUAUGAAGUGCAGAACCGUUCUGUCCCUGCAGAUAGGACAAAAACUAGCAAGGGUGCCAGCUAUUCCACUCAGACACAAAGCUUGCUCAACGCUUCUCUAUCAUUCCUUACAAAGUGCAUAAAAUGGAUAUCAUUCCUCUACCACAAAUUCAUAUGCUUGCUCCCACUCAUUCCCAGGCUUUGGAUCAAAUGACUUUGUUUCUUGGAUGGUCUGGAGUGGUUUUAUUUUGCUUUCUUGGUGCUGAGGAUUAAGCCCAAGGCCUCAUGCAAGCUAGGCAGGUGCCCUACUCUGAGUGGGGUUGAGUCUGUCCUUUGUGAAGACAGUAGAAAAGGCUGCAGGGGAGGCUCACUCACAGCAUGCUACUGUGGGGGCUGUUUGGGCUUAGAGGACUGCAAGUUACAAGUGACAUCUGAUCAGACACUGAGAUUAAAGUUCAAGGAUAGUGAUGCCCUGUCUCAAACAAACAAGAAAAACCUUACAGAACCUAAUCUGUCUUCCAGGACCAGUUAUCUCCCUUUGUGUGUUUGUGUAAGUAUAUGCAUGUGUGUGUUGUGUAGUCACUGGUUUGUGUGAUGUGCGUGCGCUCCCUUGUGGGAAACCCUGCUAUAUCACUCCAUCUUGGGUUUUUCUUGCUUGCUUGUUUAUUUGUUUGUUUGUUUUGAAACAGCCUCUUACUAAACCUGGUCAGCCAGCUUCCAAAGAGCCCAAGAGAUCUUUCUGUUCUGUCUCUAGACAGCCCCCACUCCCACCCUCAACUGUGCUCCAAACACUGGGGUUACAGGCAUAUAUAUGACUAAGCCUAGCUGCUGUUUCUUAAUCAUCAUCAUCUUCUUCUUCUUCAUCAUCAUCUUCUGCUGCUGCUGCUUCUUCCUCUUCCUCCUCCUCUUCUUCUUCCUCCUCUCCUCCUCCUCCUUCUUCUUCCUCCUCCUCUUCUUCUUCCUCCUCCUCCUCUUCCCCCUCUUCCUCCUCUUCUUCUUCCUCCUCCUCCUCUUCCCCCUCUUCCUCCUCUCCUCCUCCUCCUCCUUCUUCCUCCUCCUCCUCUUCCCCCUCUUCCUCCUCUCCUCCUCCUCCUUCUUCUUCCUCCUCCUCCUCUUCCUCCUCUCCUCCUCCUCCUCCUCUUCCCCCUCUUCCUCCUCUCCUCCUCCUCCUCCUCUUCCCCCUCUUUCUCCUGCUCCUCCUCCUCCUCCUCUUCCUCCUCCUUCUUCUUCUUCUUCUUCUUCUUCCCCCCCCCCUCCUCCUCCUUCUCCUUCUUCUUCUAGAUUUAUUUAUUUAUUAUAUAUACAAUGUUAUGCCUGCAUAUAUGCUUGUACACUAGAAGAGGGCUCCUGAUCUCAUUAAAGAGGGUUGUGAGCCACCAUGUGGUUGCUGGGAGUUAAACUCAGGACCUCUGGAAAAGCAGCCUACUCUUAAACCUCUGAGGCAGCUCUCCAGCCCCCCCACCCCCACCCCCAAGCUUCUUAACAGGUGUUGAACUCAGGACUUGCGUGCCCGCACAGCACACACAAUUACCUACUGUGCCAUCUUUCCAGCUCCAGUUAUGUCAUGCAAGGGGCCAGCAGGAUGGAUGGGCAAGUGUACAUGCUUGCCCCCCAAGCAUAACAAACCUGAGCUUGACCCCAGAAUCCACACGGAGGAAGGAGAGAACGCCUCUGAGAUUAGGACUAGUUUCUGUUGGCCAUGUUUCUCCCUAACUCGCCUGGGCCUCAGCUUCUGUUGCCUGUAGCCACUGGGUCAUUCAUCCUGUGUCCGGGACUCUGAGGUCUAACCUCAUUGCUCUGGGAGGUACAGAGCUCUGGUCUCACACAUUCACAUGCACCCCAGUCCGGCUGCCUGAAAGCCAAGGCUGAUCAGGCACCGAAGCCCUGAAAAGUAUGGGAGGAAACAGAAAUCCAUCCAAGGUUUGUGUCUAGGCUUUGCCAAGCCCUCUUCUCUAAGCCUCCUGGAGCCUGGCAAUGACCUUCUUGCCUCUAGACUAUUGUUUUGACAACUGCUACAUAGAUGGGUGACCGCGUGUGCUUCAUGAGGGUGUACAGAUGUAAGACAGCUGCAUAGUACCAGGAAAUAAUCCAUGCCCGCCUCACAUUGGGGGUGGGAAAUAUAGUCAACAUUUAUGGCUUCUAUUCUGACAUGCUUAAAAUUAAUGAAUAAAGUUUGGCAGACCAAUUACCUCACAGAGGAACCGCGCCCUAGGAAGCCAGGUGCACCUGAAGCCAGGCUAAUAGGACAGGAGGAGUAACUGGCCCUUUAAGAAAGUGAUGACAGGGAUUGGGGAUUUAGCUCAGUGGUAGAGUACUUGCCUAGCAAGCAUAAGGCCCUGGGUUUGGUCCUCAGCUCUGGAAAAAAGAAAAAGAAGAUGAUGGCCUUUUCCUGCCUCGUGGUACAGGCACUCACAGACUUACAGACUGGCAGCUUCUUAAGUCUGCGGCCCUUCUGAGUUCCUCUGACUGUAAGUGUUCUUUUCUUCUGUCUUCCCUCUGAGUGUGCGCUCGCUUCCUAAUGGUUCCGCCUUCACUCUUUCCCUAUAGCUCACCCCCGCCCCCACCACGUGGCUGCUCAGUCACCCCGUGGCUGACCUCAGCUAGCUUUAUCCAAAGGAUUGCGUUCUCUUUUUCUGCCCAACCCCGCUGUCUUCAGGCAGCCCGGUUUGCAGCUCCUGUGCUCCAGGGUCUUCCUUUCAAUGCUAAUGAAAUAAAUGCCAUUAUGUCCUUUCUUACAUUCUUUAAUUAUUGAGACUUAGAACCCUAAAAGGGGACUCUGGCCUUCAUAGUAUCACUGAUGGAUCCAAGUGCUAAAUGUAGGCACUUGGCUCAAAUUGUGAUGAGUAUUUUACUCAAGAAAUCUUUCUGCCGCUGAGCAGUGGUGGCCCACGCCUUUAAUCCCAGCACUUGGGAGGCAGAAGCAGGCAGAUUUCUGAGUUCGAGGCCAGCCUGGUCUACAGCGUGAGUUCCAGGACAGCCAGGGCUACACAGAGAAACCCUGUCUCGAAAACAAACAAAAAAAUGAAAAAAAAAAAAAAAAGAAAGAAAGAAAGAAAUCUUUCUGCCCGUUGGUGGUGGUGCAAACCUUUAAUCCCAGUACUCCAGAACUCCAGAAGCAGAGGCAGGCUGAUCUCUGAGUUUGAGGCCAGCCUGGUCUACAGAGUGAGUUCCAGGACAGCUAGGACUAUAUAACUACAUAGAGAGAGAGACCCUGUUUUAAAAAAGAAAUACAAAGAAAGAAACAUUUUAUAAGAUCAUCCUGUGAUUACAUGGCUGAGUGAAGAAUGAAGGCCUGGGUGCGUUUUCUAGAACUAUGUAGGCUGUCUGUUCUUUUAACUAUCGUAAACUAAGGCCUACUGAGCUGGUUCCUUUUUUUCUGUGUAUUUAACUGGAGACCAUACACCUACAUCAGUACCUAGCCUUCAGGGCUUCUUUUCUGUUUUCCUAAUCCCUCCAAUAUUCUGGGCUGGCUUUGACACAUUUUAGGGCUUUCCUUUGGCCCAGAGAAUGUCUACACAAAAGGUCUGUGAAAAAGGCAGUUUUACCUUUUGUGGAGAUUUUGGUAAAAGGAGCCAUUAAAGCAGCUAUUCUUCUCUCCAAACAAAACCAUCCAGUAAAGCUCUCAGUGCUCCUUCAGGCCUGUUUACCAAGUUGUCAUGGCAACUAUUGAGCUGCCCUCUGUAAAGUCCUGGAUAAAUAGUGGUAAAUGAAGCUCAGCUCAAGUAAAGAGCGUUAUUCUCUGGGUGGGUUUUCCAAGAUCACAGCUAAAAUACUUAAGUUUUGGUUUUGGUUUAUCCUGGGGCAGCUUGAUCUUUAAAUAUAUAAAAUCUUUGGAAAUUUCGACUCCUUGGACUUGUACGUGAAUGUGCAUGUCUGUUUGUAUGUGGAUGGUGGCUCAAUGGCACCUAUGGUCAAUGUAUCAUCAGCAACUCCUCUCACGCCAGCCUUAAGAGGCUGGGCUUCUCAAGUAGAAUCAGGAAUGAAUUAAGGAAGCACUGGCCAAGACACAGCAUAAAAGGCAGGGAGGGAGCCCGGCAAGCUUUAGAGCACAGGGGUUGUCGUCUGUCAGCUUGGAUUCUCUUGGGCCCCGUCAUCGUCGGCUGGAGAUGCAGCCCUUUGCGGUGGGCAGCAUCUGAAGAGAGGAAAGGGAAAGCCAAGAUGCCAGACCAGUUUGAUCAGGUGGUAGUGCUCAACCAGCUGCGCUACUCGGGGAUGCUGGAGACGGUGAGGAUUCGGAAAGCAGGGUAUGCCGUCAGAAGACCCUUUCAGGACUUUUACAAAAGGUAUAAAGUGCUGAUGAGGAACUUGGCCCUGCCUGACGACAUCCGAGGGAAGUGCACUGUGCUCCUGCAGGUCUAUGACGCUUCUAACAGCGAGUGGCAGCUGGGGAAGACCAAGGUCUUCCUUCGAGAAUCCUUGGAGCAGAAACUGGAAAAGAGGCGGGAAGAGGAGAUUGACCGUGCGGCCAUGGUGAUCCGAGCUCACAUCUUAGGCUACUUGGCACGAAAGCAAUAUAGAAAGGUCCUCUGUGGUGUGGUGACCAUACAGAAGAAUUACAGAGCUUUCCUUGCGAGGAAGAAAUUUUUGCACCUGAAAAAGGCAGCCAUCGUGUUCCAGAAGCAACUGCGAGGACAGCUGGCACGCAGGGUUUACAGGCAGCUGUUGGCUGAGAAACGGGAGCUGGAGGAAAAGAAGAGGCGGGAGGAAGAGAAGAAGAGAGAGGAAGAGGAAAGAGAAAGAGAGCGAGCGCAAAGAGAAGCUGACCUCCUCCGUGCCCAUCAGGAGGCAGAGACAAGGAGGCAGCAAGAACUGGAAGCCUUGCAGAAGAGCCAGAGGGAAGCGGACUUGACCAGGGAGCUGGAAAAGCAAAGGGAGAACAAGCAGGUGGAGGAGAUCCUCCGCCUGGAGAAGGAAAUCGAGGAUCUGCAGCGCAUGAAGGAGCGGCAGGAGCUGUCGUUGACCGAGGCCUCCCUGCAGAAGCUGCAGCAGCUGCGGGAUGAGGAGUUGCGCAGGCUGGAGGAUGAGGCCUGCCGCGCCGCCCAGGAGUUCUUGGAGUCGCUCAACUUCGACGAGAUCGACGAGUGCGUCCGCAACAUCGAGCGCUCCCUGUCGGUAGGGAGCGAGAUUUCGGGCGAAGAGCUCAGUGAGCUUGCCGAGAGUGCCAGCGGAGAGAAGCCAAACUUCAACUUCAGCCAGCCCUACCCCGCGGAGGAGGAGGUGGACGAGGGCUUCGAGGCGGAUGACGACGCCUUCAAGGACUCGCCCAACCCCAGCGAGCACGGCCACUCCGACCAGCGAACGAGUGGCAUCCGGACGAGCGACGACUCAUCCGAGGAGGACCCUUACAUGAACUACACGGUGGUGCCCACCAGCCCCAGUGCCGACAGUACGGUGCUUCUUGCUGCGUCCAUGCAGGACUCCGCUAGCCUGCACAACUCCUCGAGUGGGGAGUCCACCUACUGCAUGCCGCAGAACAACGGCGACCUGCCCUCCCCCGACGGCGACUAUGACUAUGACCAGGACGAUUACGAGGAUGGCGCCAUCACGUCAGGCAGCAGCGUGACUUUCUCCAACUCCUAUGGAAGCCAGUGGUCCCCCGACUACAGGUAUUCCGUGGGAACCUACAACAGUUCCGGAGCGUACCGGUUCAGCUCAGAAGGGGCGCAGUCCUCCUUUGAAGACAGCGAGGAGGACUUCGACUCCAGGUUUGAUACAGAUGAUGAACUUUCCUACCGGCGAGACUCUGUGUAUAGCUGCGUCACACUGCCCUAUUUCCACAGUUUUCUGUACAUGAAAGGUGGCUUAAUGAACUCCUGGAAGCGCCGCUGGUGUGUCCUGAAGGACGAGACCUUCCUGUGGUUCCGCUCCAAGCAGGAAGCCCUCAAGCAAGGCUGGCUGCACAAGAAAGGCGGGGGCUCCUCCACGCUGUCCCGGAGGAACUGGAAGAAGCGCUGGUUUGUCCUUCGCCAGUCGAAGCUGAUGUACUUUGAAAACGAUAGCGAGGAGAAGCUCAAGGGCACCGUGGAAGUCCGCACCGCCAAGGAGAUCAUAGACAACACAAGCAAAGAGAACGGGAUCGACAUCAUCCUGGCCGACAGGACCUUCCAUCUCAUCGCGGAGUCCCCCGAAGAUGCCAGCCAAUGGUUCAGCGUGCUGAGUCAGGUCCACUCGUCCACAGACCAGGAGAUCAGAGAAAUGCAUGAUGAGCAGGCAAACCCCCAGAAUGCUGUGGGCACACUGGAUGUCGGGCUGAUUGAUUCUGUAUGCGCCUCUGACAGCCCUGAUAGACCCAACUCAUUUGUGAUCAUCACAGCCAACCGGGUGCUGCACUGUAACGCGGACACCCCAGAGGAGAUGCACCACUGGAUAACCCUGCUGCAGAGAUCCAAGGGGGACACCAGGGUGGAGGGCCAGGAGUUCAUCGUCAGAGGGUGGCUGCAUAAGGAAGUGAAGAACAGUCCGAAGAUGUCCUCCCUGAAACUGAAGAAACGGUGGUUCGUGCUGACGCACAAUUCCCUGGACUACUACAAGAGCUCAGAGAAGAACGCUCUGAAACUGGGCACUCUGGUCCUCAACAGCCUGUGCUCCGUUGUGCCCCCAGACGAGAAGAUAUUCAAAGAGACAGGCUACUGGAAUGUCACCGUGUAUGGGCGCAAACACUGUUACCGACUCUACACGAAACUACUGAACGAGGCGACUAGGUGGUCCAGCGCCAUCCAGAAUGUGACUGACACCAAGGCUCCAAUCGACACGCCCACCCAGCAGCUGAUCCAAGAUAUUAAGGAGAACUGCCUCAACUCUGACGUGGUGGAGCAGAUUUACAAGCGGAACCCGAUCCUUCGCUACACGCAUCACCCGCUGCACUCCCCGCUCCUGCCUCUUCCCUAUGGGGACAUAAAUCUCAACCUGCUGAAAGACAAAGGCUACACGACCCUUCAGGACGAAGCCAUCAAGAUAUUCAAUUCUCUCCAACAACUGGAGUCCAUGUCCGACCCCAUCCCUAUCAUCCAGGGCAUCCUGCAGACCGGGCACGACCUGCGGCCUCUGCGGGAUGAACUGUAUUGUCAGCUCAUCAAACAGACCAACAAGGUGCCCCAUCCCGGCAGCGUGGGCAACCUUUACAGCUGGCAGAUCCUGACCUGCCUCAGCUGCACCUUCCUGCCGAGCCGCGGGAUCCUCAAAUACCUCAAGUUCCACCUGAAAAGGAUACGGGAACAGUUCCCAGGAACCGAGAUGGAGAAGUACGCCCUCUUUAUCUACGAAUCCCUUAAGAAAACCAAAUGCAGAGAGUUUGUGCCUUCCCGAGAUGAAAUCGAAGCUCUGAUCCACCGGCAGGAAAUGACGUCCACAGUGUAUUGCCAUGGCGGAGGCUCCUGCAAGAUCACCAUCAACUCCCACACCACAGCCGGGGAGGUGGUGGAGAAGCUGAUCCGAGGGCUCGCCAUGGAGGACAGCAGGAACAUGUUUGCCUUGUUUGAGUACAACGGACAGGUGGACAAGGCCAUCGAAAGCCGGACCAUCGUAGCUGACGUCCUGGCAAAGUUUGAAAAGCUAGCUGCCACGUCAGAAGCCGGGGACGCGCCAUGGAAAUUCUACUUCAAACUUUAUUGCUUCCUGGACACCGACAGCAUGCCAAAAGACAGCGUGGAGUUUGCGUUUAUGUUUGAACAGGCCCACGAAGCCGUCAUCCAUGGCCACCACCCAGCCCCUGAGGAAAGCCUCCAAGUGCUGGCUGCCCUGAGACUGCAGUAUCUGCAGGGCGACUAUACCCCGCACACCUCCAUCCCACCCCUCGAGGAGGUUUACUCUGUGCAGAGACUCAGAGCUCGCAUUAGUCAGUCGACCAAAACCUUCACCCCGUACGAGCGCCUCGAGAAGAGACGGACCAGCUUCCUGGAGGGCACGCUGCGGCGGAGCUUCCGGACCGGGUCGGUGGUUCGGCAGAAGGCGGAGGAGGAGCAGAUGCUGGACAUGUGGAUCAAGGAGGAAGUCUGCUCGGCUCGCACCAGCAUCAUUGACAAGUGGAAGAAACUGCAGGGGAUGAACCAGGAACAAGCCAUGGCCAAGUAUAUGGCCCUGAUCAAGGAGUGGCCUGGUUAUGGAUCAACACUCUUUGAUGUGGAGUGCAAAGAAGGCGGCUUCCCCCAGGAGCUCUGGCUGGGCGUCAGCGCAGACGCCGUGUCUGUCUACAAGCGUGGAGAGGGCAAACCGUUAGAAGUCUUCCAGUAUGAGCACAUCCUCUCGUUCGGGGCACCGCUGGCCAACACGUACAAGAUCGUAGUUGACGAGCGGGAGCUGCUCUUUGAGACGAGUGAGGUGGUGGAUGUGGCCAAGCUCAUGAAAGCGUAUAUCAGCAUGAUUGUGAAGAAGCGCUAUAGCACCACACGCUCUGUGAGCAGCCAGGGCAGCUCCAGGUGAAGACGAGCCAAGCCCACGUGUCUUGCCGAUGUGAACGUGCCACUCUUUGCCUGGGCCAGCGCCUGGUCCUGACCCAGCUUUGGAAACUCAGCUGUCCAGGCUUCUGAUAACCGGUCGUCAGAGGGAGGAGUCCCGGGGGCUCCCUUCACCCGAUCAGCCUCAGAGAUCACGUAUUAAGCUGUCAACCUUUAACAGUCUGCACAAUCUCUUAAGCUUUAGUUAAAAAUCCUAGAUGAGAACUUGCCUUAAAGAAAAAAAGAAAGGGGAGAAAACCACACGGCCACCAAAGCAGCCAGAAGUGCCUUAAACUUGCAGAGUGGACCCUAAUCGACCUUAACUGUGCUACUGAGGGGGAGCGCUUUCACCUCCCGGUGGGGUUUGCAGAGCUUGGAGGCGGGGCAUGGAUCCACUGAUUGUGCACUAACCUCCCCAGCCUGAUUUCCUGCAAAUGAGGGGAGCUGAGGGGGCGGGGCGAGGCAGGGAGACAGCAGAGGGGGACAGUGUGUUGUCGGAGUGCUGCUGGCAGCCUUCCUUACGAACAUGUAUUAACGUUUUUGGGGUUUUUUUGUUUUUUUGUUUUUUGUUUUUUUGGUUUUUUUUUUGCUUUGUUUCAACUGUCUGUGCUUGCCCGCGCAUGCAUGUGUUCACACACUCAACACUUUAAUCAUUGUCCUGUGAGCAUUAAACACAAAGGGAAAGAGGAUGUGCAAUGUUGUAAACAGUCUGUAUAUUUUCCUAGUUCAGAGUUCUAGUCUCGAGGUGGCUUUAUUAACAGACCCGGAUCCUGGACGUUCCUGUCUUUGCUGUAUUUUUUGGAAAGAAACAUUUUUUUUGGACUCGGUUUCGUUUUACAUGUAGCUAGGGCGGCGACCUGUGACUGCUGUAUUACUAACAGGUCUACAGCCCAGAGAGAUAACUGUAUUUAUAAACCACUCUUAAACUGCUGGCUCCAGUGUUUUUAGAAUGAUAUGAAGUCAUUUUGGAGUCUUUUUUUCAUUCUAAAAGUUAAGUUAAAAAAUUUUUUUUGUUUUGUUUUGGUCUUCUUUGAAGGGUAACUUGUGUUAUCACUCUGGCUAGAUUGCAGAUAUAACCAUGUCGAAUGUGGGGGAGGGGGGAGCUGCUGCAUUCCCAAACUCUGUACCCCUCAAGCAAACCUCUAAGGGACCUCCAACACAAACGCUGAGGCUUUAAUGGAAUUCACACGUUGUUUUGUCCCUGGUUCCUACAGGUGGCCUGAACACAGCACCUGUAAGUAACAGCGGUUGUAACCAGAAGAAAAAAGAAUCUGGACUUGGACUUUUAUUUUUAUAUGGGAAAAAAAUAUAUAAAGGUGGGCCAAACGAGUCUGCUCACAAAGCAAAGUUACUUUGGCCUUAUCCCUUACGGACAGUUACGUGGAAGCAGUGUCUCUUGGCUCACAAAGUCUGACAAUAAAAGAUAUUAAUAUGCUG